AUGAUAACCAUUGUUUUACAUCUAAAUAAUCAAACAGAAUUUUCACAUUAUCGUUGGAAGAAAUUUGAUACAAAUUUCAAAUAUAUUUCUAAUAGUUCGAAGACGACGAUGAAUAUCACUGCAAUAACAUCUCACAAAAGAUCUUCUCAAUAUAUAUGGUGCGUUAAUCAUUAUGGUCCUAAUAAUCAAUUAAAAGAUUUUGUCAAAUGUUGUAUAAUAGCUAUGAUAAAUAAUUAUACUUUAAUUAUACCUCCAUUAUUUCCACAUCAUGCACAAAAACAUAAAGGUAUUCAAUUGUUUGAUCAUUUUUAUGAUUUAAAACAACUUCGUCACGCUUUAAAUUUUAUAACAUUUGAUCAAUUUAUAUCAAAACCUAAGAUCAAUUCUAAUAAAAUGAUGAUAGAUUGUUAUUUACAACAAAUUGAACUUGUAGCAGCAAGAGUAUGGUAUCCAAGAAAUACAUUAAUAUCAAUACAAAGAUAUUACAAAAUAAAUAUUGAUUUUCAUCAUUUAAUAAAUCUUUCUAGAAAUUUUCAUAUGAGUGAAUUAUUUAAUAAAUCCAACGAUUGUUCAUCUAUAUUUCUUCACAUUCAUUAUACAACAUUUAGACAAUUUUUCUUAUUUCCAAAUAUUUAUAUAAAACGAAUUUUUGAACAUUUAUAUCGUACUCCAUUGAUUCAACGUAUGACAUCUCAAUUAAUUAAACAAUUACCACAAUUAGUCAUUGGAAAAAAUCAUUCUCAAACUAAUCUUAACACUUUAGCUGUUAUUCAUAUGAGAAUAGGUGAUCAUAUCGUCAUGAAUAUAUCGAUGUAUAUUAAACAAAUUUUAUAUUUACUUAAUAAUGGUGUUCAUUUUACACAUCUACAUAUUAUGUGUCCAUUACUAAACUCUGCUGAUAUUAAACAAUUGACUGAUAAUCUUCCAAUAGUAUUUACUACUUCACAACACUUAUUACCUCAUGUAAAUUUUGUCUUAGAUAGUUACUUAUUUGAUGUUUUAGAACAAGAAAUAGCUUAUCAAGCUCCAAUUUUUAUUGCAUCACCAUGGACAACUUAUUCAGCAACAGUCUUAAUGCAAAAAGUAUAUCAAGAGCAAGGAACUGUAUAUGUACUUUCUACUAAAAAAAAUAAUCAUCCAUUACUUGUUACGAAACAAAAUGUGAAAUAUUUCGAACAAUAG